AUGAAAAUCAUUUAAGACAUUAAUAACCAACCUUUAGAUUUUAAUAAUAAUGACAAUAAUAAUCUUAAUCUUAUUGAUAUAUUCCUUGAACUGGUAGAUGAGUAAGAUAGUGGAUCUUAAAUUUCAAGUGGUAGCUAUGAAGAAUGCUUAGAUAUUACUAAACUUUUUUAAGAAGUGAGGAAAUCUAAUAUUGUUAAAAACAUAAUAAAGUCUUUUUCAAGGUUCAUUGAGACUUGUAAAAAAGAAGAAGAAGACAGUUUGAAUCCUUUAAUCAAAAAGGGGCAGAGCUUUUCUUAAGCUAAAAAACUCAUUAAAAGAAACUUCAAAACAUUUGGAAAGAGGUGGAACAUGAAACUGAAUUAUUUAAUUGAUAAAAGCUCUUUCAAACCUUUAUUUUCAUAUUAUUUAAAUAAUAAAUCAUAAAUAUGGCUAAACUCAAGCAAGGUUUAAAAUAAAUAAGAACAUUAAGUAGUAAUUAAUUUCAUCAUUUAAGCGUUAAAAAAUCCUUAGCAUUUAAAAGAAAUCAAGUAUUACAAAAAAACAAAAUCAAUUAUUAAAGAUAAAAAGAAAAUUUGA